AUGGCUAGCGCUCCGCCCAAUUUUGGAGUAAAUUUAGAUGACCCAGAGGAUGCAAGGAGAGCCGCAACAGCUGUGUUGAUUCUACAGUGGCACUUUCAAAUCCAUCGAGUUCCAAGGACAAGGCAGCUAGUCCAUACGAGUGCUAUGACUGGUCAGGGUUGGGUUGAGGACCUACUGGGGGGAAAGUGCAUUAGGAUGCUUAACAACAUGCGCAUGGAUGUGGCCACAUUUAUUCAACUAUGUCGGAUAAUGCGAGAAGGUGGAUACAUUAUUGAGGGUCCCUGUGAUAAAGUGACAGUAGAGGAAAGCGUAGCAAUUGGGUUAUAUGGGUUGAGCCAUGAUUUGACACAAAGAGUGCUAGGUGAACGAUUCCAGCAUUCCACUGAGACAAUUCAUCGACAUGUUCGCCGUCUAUGCCAGGCCUUAGUCCAAUUAGCACCUAUUGCACUCCGACAUAGGAAUACAGAUACUACUCAUCCUCGGAUUCGGAAUAAUAGACGAUUGUAUCCUUGGUUUAAGGAUUGCAUUGGCGCUAUAGAUGGAACACAUGUAUCGGCAAGCGUGCCAAGAGGGGAACAGGAUGCCUUUCGUAACAGAAAAGGCACGCUUUCACAGAAUGUUUUAGCUGCAUGUGACCACGAUAUGAGGUUCGUAUAUGUCAGAGCUGGCUGGGAAGGAAGUGCCCAUGAUAGCCGCGUCUUAUUGGAUGCUCUUUCCAAUCCGGAUGCAGCAUUUCCCGUACCACCGGCUGGAAAAUAUUACGCGGUUGAUGCAGCCUACAGACACAUGCCAGGAUUCAUGGCGCCUUUCAAGAGUGGUCCAGGAGGGAGAUCACAGACUGCACAGAAAGGAUUAUUUAAUCGCCGUCAUUCUUCGGUUCGGAACAUAAUAGAGAGGACGUUUGGGGUAUGGAAAAUGAGAUUCAAGAUUUUGGAUGGACCAAUGAAAAACUAUCCUAUUGAGGCACAGAGGAACAUUGUAGUGGCAUGCUGUGUACUGCACAAUUUCAUUAGGGAGAUGCAGCCAUACGACGUCUACUUGACCGAUGAAGCGAAUAUGGAAGGCGCAGAUACCGAAGGAGCUCAAAUGCAACAAUUCCAUGUUACUCCAGAAGCAAUCCAUGAUUGGAAGGAAUUACGCAAUGCAAUGGCUGAUCACAUGUACUUUCAUCGAAAUGAGUAG